AUGGCUCCUCCGCGGGCGCGCAGCCCAAUCGGAGUCUUUGUCGUCGGCGCCGGUGCUCGAUGCCCACGUCGUUUCCGGUGUCAACUCUGUACCUUAGUUAGAGUUGCCAGCCCAAGUGUAUGGAUAUCCAACGUCCCACGUGGCGCUUCGUCCAUAGUAGGUGGCAACGUUGCCAUCACCACAUCCAAGCGCCUCACUCAUCUUCCCCCUGGCGAGGGAUCAGUCAACAAGCAGUCAUCCACGUGUCGCAAGCCACGUUUCCAUGCCCUUUUCUGCGUGGGCAAAAAUGAUGUGUACGAAAAGGACUUGAGACUUGAUAUCCCCGCAGUGCCUCCCUGUCCCUGCCACAGAAUCGUGGUCUUGCUUCUCCAACUGCCCCAAUCCGGCACAACGGCCGACGAACUUGCGGCAGUUGCCCGGCAUCGUGGUUUCACCUCUGCAAUGCACGCUCUGCUAAAUUCUUUAUUAUCCUGA